AUGACUGUGUCCAGAUUUGUGGCAUCUUGUGCCCCAGAGAUUCCACAACGGAGAGAUCUUGAUGAAUGUAACCAAUGUGGAAAAGACGUCAGCUGCAAAUGCAGACCUUUUCAGCACCGGAAAAUUCACACUGAAGAAAGGCCUUACAAGUGUAGUGUUUGCGGGAGGUUCUUUAGCCGCAAAACCCAUCUCAUUCGACACGGGAGAGUUCACACGGGAGCAAGGCCUUAUGAGUGCAUAGAAUGUGGCAGGUCUUUCAGCCAGAAAUCUGACCUCAUUCAACACCAAAGAGUUCAUACUGGAGAGAGGCCUUAUGAGUGCAGCAAAUGUGGGAAGUCCUUUAUCCAAAAAUCUAUCUUUAUUAAACACCUGAGAGUUCACACUAAUGAAAGGCCUUAUAAAUGCAUUGAAUAUGGGAAAUCAUUUACCCAAAGUUCUGGCCUUCUUCGCCACAAAAGAGCUCACACUAGAGCAAGGCCUUACAAAUGCACUGAAUGUGGGAAAUCAUUUAGUUGCAAAACCCACCUCAUGAGACACUGGAGAGUUCACACUGGAGUAAGGCCUUAUGAGUGCAUUCAGUGUGGGAAAUCUUUUAGUGAGAAAUUUGUCCUCAUUCAACACCAAAGAGUUCACACUGGAGAAAGGCCUUAUGAGUGCAGCAAAUGUGGGAAAUCCUUUAGCCGUAAAACCCACCUUGUUCGACACCAGACAGUUCACUCUGGAGCAAAGCCUUUUGAGUGCAAUGAGUGUGGGAAAUCCUUUAGCCAGAGCUCUGGCCUCCUUCGACAUAGGAGAGCUCACCUGCGGUGA